UUGUAAGAAAUGGAGGGUAUUCAAAAUACCAGUGUGACAACCCUAUUUACAUAUGAAAUUGUGAAACAUGGUUCUUAUCAACGACCUUAUCUGAAUUUCAGUCAUAAUUAUUUACAAUAAUGGCAAAAGUAGCUUUUAAGUCAGAGAAAAAUGUGUGUCUGAGCGUUCCAUUUUCUUCACCCGAAUCUGCUGCAUUGGCCUGUGAAGUGCUCUCUGUAGAUAAGGAACUGAAAAACAGCAAGGUUCGCCGGGAGAUCUUUGUGAAUGGACUGGAUCUUCUCAUAAACUUUUCUGGUGAUGAGCUGAAAAUGUUAAGAGUAGCUGUCAAUUCAGUCCUCAAGAAUGUGUUGUUAAUAGUUAAGACAAUAAAUCAGUUUGAACAUAGUUAGCCCUGUAAAAGUAUUUUUAGGUUUAGCUAUUAGUCAAUUUAUCGCACUAUGCCUGAACACACCCCAGCACCUACUCCAGCCAGGUCUUUAUAUGGUUUUUUUAUGUAUUUAUUCAGUAACACAGCAUUAGCUUUAUACUGUGCCUGGGCGUUUAUACCAGAUUCCUGGUUACACUAUUUCAACAUUUACUACUACCCACAGAAAUACUGGGCCACAGCUGUGCCCAUACAGUGCCUGGUAGCACUCACAAUGUUUGCAUUCUUAAUUUACCCCAGCUUAAACUUAAUGAUGAUGACCAGCAUUGAUAGCAUCAAUACUAUAAGUGAUCCCAUGUCUCAUUAUUCAGUUAAAAUAAAUGAGAACACACCUAAGAUUUCUAAUGCCUGUGUUUGUACAGAUGAUCGUAAAUGUAUGAAGGAUAGUUAUUCUGCAUCUCCUCAGGAUUUAAAUGAAAAUACUGUGCCUCCAUUGCAUGAUUUGAAUAUUCGUUUUGUUUGUAAGAAGUUAUAUUUGAAUAAGAAUAAGUAAAGCACUUGUUAAUGUCGGCGCAUGACUAUUUGUAUAGUACUUCACUAAACUACAUGUACAUUUGUUUUAUCUUAAGUAUCACAAGUGUUCUCAUACGUGACUCAUGGUCGGUUCUUUAAUUAAGUAGUUUCAAUAAGUCAUAAAUUAUGAAUUUUGUCUUUAUAACAAUAGGCGCUAUAAGCACUCUUUAACUAAAUAAACUAUUAUUUUUUAA